CACCAUGCACGACUGGAAGUGGUGGCCCAGGAGGAGAGAGCAGUAUUAGUACAACAGCUCAUCUCUACCCUAGUGGUAGUGGUUUUGAGCAGCCUAGUGGCGGAUCUGGAUUGGUGGACUCUUCGCAGUUGACAAAUACUAUGAUUUACAAUUACAACAAUACUACAGGACGUCUUCCUACGGGGAGUGGGGGGAGUUACAACACCACAACUUCGGGUCGUGCAUCUUCUCUGGACGCGAGUGGUAAUGGGAAUAAUAAUAUUUUGGGAGCAGGGCCCUUUCUUCCACCUGCAGCAGGAUCAUGUGGACCGCUUCUUGGAUCUGGUUUACCAGGAAACAUGAACGGAGGAGUAGGUCCUCAGAGCUGCAGUAACGGAAAUGGACCUCCUGAUUUGAACACGUCAUCAAUGCUGGGCUCCCUAUCACUGCUCAAUGCGUACAGGAAUUCGUUAGGG